CUCUUAGAAAGAGGAGAGGAAACUACAACAAAAAGGCAAGGAGAUUUUUAAUCAAAACCCCCCCCAAAGAGGACGCUUUUUAAACUGAUAUCAAUUCUGAUCAAUUCAAACUUUAAAAGCUGCUUUUUUUCCCCCCUUUGCAAUCAAUUCUUUUCACACUUACUGUGCUGCUGCUGCAAGUUCAGCUGCUGUGUGGAGAUACUUCUGAUGCCCUCUUGCAUCUGAGAACUCUUCCUUCUCUGAGAACUGCAGACCAAAUACACAAAAGCCAUAAGUGUGCGCUUCGUUUGACUUGAUUCCAGCAUCGGGAGCAGCCAUUCCAAAGUGAAUCUCUGUUGAGCAGGGACAGAGAGGGGGGAGCUCUCUUUUAUGCACUUUGCACCAAAGGACUGGUUGGCUUAUUUUUGGGAGGUGAAGAACGGGGUGACCUGAAGAGGAAGCAUCCGGGAUCAGAGCGCUCCCAGAAAAAGCUCCGGGAAGACGAGGAGGGGAGUGCUAUAAACUGGGAAAGAGCAUCCUCCCAGCCAAGAAACCAGUGCACCAAUAAGUCUACAACAACCGGUUCUUUUUUUAAAUGUGUUUUACUAAAUAGAAAGCUCAGCUGUAAGAUUAAAACUCCCCACACUGUAGGGAUACUGCACACUCACAUCCGGGACGCACCAGCACACCGCUGCAGAAUGGAUCUCCCUCCAAUCAGAGACAUGUCUGAUGUCCCGUGAGAUUUGGGAGCCCUUCGCCCCGGCUUCCGGUCCUGGUGCCACACAGCUGGCUCACCAGGAUGGAACACACUCAUUCCCUGAGAAAUGAGCUGGACUCAGUGCUCUCGCUUGAGCAGAUUCGUGCCAUCCGGGCCAACAAUGACUAUGUGGAGAGACCGGUGGCGCUGGAGCCGGCAUCGCAGUCUGGAUUCUAUUAUGCCCAGGAGAACCGUAUAGUAUACAGCCAUCACCCCCAGUCUUCUUCUUUCUCCUCCGCUCUGUCCCGCAGUCAAAGUCAGCAGCAGCAUGCCCACCUGGCCCACCUGAGCCGCUCCAGCACCGUCAGCUCCUCCUUUUCUCGGACCAGUGCCACAUCCGACCAGCGGCUAUUGGCAGGUUUGACGCCGUCUCACUCUGGCUUUAGCUCAGUGGUGCACUCCCAGCCUAAAGGGGAACUUAAGUCCGACACUUCCUUUGGUAAAGGCCUGACGGAUGACGAUGCUGAACAUUUGUUCAUCUGUGAGCGGUGCGGUCGCUGUAAGUGUCAGGAAUGCUGCAGCCCCCGCCGCCUCCCGUCGUGCUGGGCCUGCGGACAGCGUUGUCUUUGCUCUGCCGAGAGUGCCGUGGAGUAUGGCACAUGCUUGUGUUGUGUCAAAGGUCUGUUUUAUCACUGUUCUGCUCAAGACGACGAGGACAACUGUGCUGACCGGCCAUGCUCCUGCACUUCGGCCCGUGCCUGCACACGUUGGAGCACCAUGACCCUGCUGGCACUCUGUCUGCCCUGCCUCUGCUGCUACCCGCCUGCCAGGAUGUGUCUUGCAGUAUGCCAGUGUGCCCAUGACCGAGCGACUCGGCCUGGCUGCAGGUGCAGCAACACCAACACAGUGUGCCGUAAGAUUUCUGCUUCCAACCCUAACGCUGGUCAUCCCCCGCUGCGAAGCAAAGACCUGGAAAAGUCACUAUGACACGUUGCGAGUUGAGGGGGAAAAAAGCCAAACCAAAGUUGAGACAUUGCGAUCCACCUGCCUACAAAUACCAACCUAACACACCUACCAUAAAGUGUUGCUCUCCUAAUAUACUCUGAUUUUAGAUCUCCAGCUCAGGGGGGACCAAACAUUUACUGUGCCUGUUCAUGUUGGAGUCUUAAUGCCUGAGAACAAGAGCUCAACUUGAAGAAGGAGAAACCGUCUGCUUAACCUUUAACCAAGACUCUCAGACAGGAACGACUUCUCUUUGCCUUCUGUCGUGUUAUCUCAACAUGAUAAAAUCUAUUUAUUUAUUGUUAAAGCUCCUUCCUCCCCACCCUUUGCAGAGGGUUCGAGCAGACCACAGUCUCUUGGAGCGACUCACCAAGAGAGGAAGGAAAGAGUCCGUGUAUACAGUCUUUGCCUGUUUGGCAAAGACUGUAUACACUGUUUCUGGAGGUCAGAAAUAGAAAUUAAGAGCAAGUACUGAAAUUAACCAUACAAUGAUGUUCUGAGCACUUAUGAGAAUCUACGGGGAGAAAAGGGAGAAUUAAAAAAUGUUUUUGCUACACUGAAUGCUUGACUAGGUCUAAGCAAAGCAAAAAAAAAGGGCAUAAAGUGACUGUACCUACAAUCUGAAACCAAAAACAAUGGAACCAUAGACAGUACGGACAAAGUGGAUCUAAAUGCUACUAAGCUCAUUCCUAAAAGAAAAGCACUGUGAGGUGGAUGAACACUGUUUUCCCACCCAGAACUGAACCGGGGAUUAUUAAACCAGAGAGGACGCAUCCAUUUUGUCAAGGCAGCGCGCGAAUGUGUUUAUGUGUGUCUUCCCUACUGUACAACAUGUGUGCGCGUGUGUGUCGUUUUGUCAGCAGAAGAAGCCUCCCCUUGUCUUUAUUUUUAGCCACGCCGCUUUAGUCAAGCUCCAGGGGUCUGGUCGGAUUUCCUCUUGAAGUCAGUCUGUCGCCAGCCUCACCCUGCUGACCGACCUCCAUCUUCCUUCUCUGCUCCGCAUAAUCCACUCCUCUUUUUCCUAACUAUUUAAUCAACCAACAAUCAGGUAAUACCUUGGUGCACGACAGUUAGAGUCAGCUCUCUGAAUAACCAACAUUACCAUAGGAGGAGCUUGCUUUUAGAUGUGAGUGAAUGAACAUUUUUUUGGUAAAGACGAAGGCUCAACACCAACAGAAGUGGACAGAACUAAGACAAUCCAACUAGAAAGUAGGCAUGACGCAUUUAUAUUGUAUCUCUCCCUCCUGCCUCCUCUGUCUACCCUCUUAAGCUCAGACGGCUAAAAGCCUCUAGUUCCAGGCCCACAGAGAGUUGAUCAAACAGGCAAUUAGCUUCCUGUUAGCUCUUAAUGGGCCAUAGAAGACCGGAGUGUGGGAGGAGGGAGGGAGGAGAGCGGACAGGAUGCAAAGAGUUGUGGUGUUUGGCAGAUGGAGAGAGGGAUGCUAAGAGGGGAAAAAGAGGUGGUUGGUGUUGCAAUGAGGUCAUCCUUUCUUAUUUCAGCACUUCGGGCUUCAAUGCAGGGGAAAUGCAACAGACUUUCUGAAAAAGAGGCAUUCAACAGUCACACUGGUUUGGGUGUGGAUUUGUGUGAAGGUUGGGGCAUGUGCAUAUGUUUUUUUUAAUAUUUGUGUGUGUGUGUGUGUGUGUGUGUGUGUGUGUGUGUGUGUGUGUGUGUGUGUGUGUGUGUGUGUGUGUGUGUGUGUGUGUGUUGGGGGGGGGGUUAAGAAUGAAUGCAUUUUAGCUUGUCUGUGCACGUGUGUAAGCGAAGGCAUGCACACUGACCUGAUGUGUUGAAUAUUACUUUGCUAUAUUUUUAUAUGUCAUUGUGGACCUACCAACUGUAUACCUAUUUUUAUUCAGUAUUAUUUUCUGGCACUGAUGUUGUUUUUCAAUUAGAGUGAGCAAUUUCCUGUUUUACUACACAUGUGAUCUUGUCAGAAACUUUUAGGGCAACUCUCACGAGCGAUCGAGGAUGUGGUUAUUAAUUUCCACAACUGCCUCAGGAAGUAAACUUAUUUCCCAGCUUUGUGCUGCACAGAUUCCUUGUAUGAAAGGCCUGGGAUUUUUAAAAAGUAAACGUUCUCUAAUUUUUUUUAGUUCUGGCUAUGACUCGGCUAAAAUUUGUACAUUAUCCACAAAUGGAUAAAAACGGGCUUCUUUAUGUGACCCAGUGUGUAGACUAAAUACAACAUACAUCAGAAAAGCCUUAUGAAGGUCUGGGUCUCAAAUUGUUAUUACAAUCGGUUAAAAUUAUGCUUUCCGUAUAUUUCCCCAGAGUUGUUCAUCAUUUUGCACAACAGUACCAUUAAACAUGUUUGCUUCCUUA